CUUUCAAGUAGAUCUGUUGAUCAACCACCAGGUCCUCUUUGGCAAGCUUUUAAUCCAAUUAAGACUAAUGAUAAAAAACCCAAAGCUCAUUGUAUAUUCUGUAACUUAAAUAAACCUAUAUCUGAUGCAAAUAGAUCUAAUCAACUAUUAUUAGAAGGUAUUGUAGAAGAUGAUGCACCUCUUUCACUUGUAG